AUGAAAGCCUAUAUUGACAACUCUUUGGAGAUCGCAUCCAAUAAAAUAAAAAGAAUUGUCGCGGCACCACCAACAAAUAAAACUGGAAGUGAAAGCAGCCUACAGAUCAUUAGUCGAAGAACAUUUGAAGCUGCCGUUUACAAACUAUCGAGGAGUUUUGAAGUUGUUACUCCUCCGACAACCCCUUCUGAUCAAGUUGGUAGCAGCCUAGAGGUCAUAAGUCGUAAAGCAUUUGAAGCCACUGUCUCCAAACGCCCAAAAACAGUUAAAUCUCCUGAUGGUUCUAUAUGGAUACGUUGUCACUCCCUUGGCGCUCAUGGUUUUGUUUACUUAGCCAAGCUAAACAACGAUGUAGACACUAAUGGUUUGCCUCCAAAGAUGGCCAUCAAAUGCUCACCGAUUACAUUUUCAUCAAGCCUUUCUGAUGAGGAACGAAUCCUCAAAAUUGGUAGCAGCCUAGAGGUCAUAAGUCGUAAAGCAUUUGAAGCCACUGUCUCCAAACGCCCAAAAACAGUUAAAUCUCCUGAUGGUUCUAUAUGGAUACGUUGUCACUCCCUUGGCGCUCAUGGUUUUGUUUACUUAGCCAAGCUAAACAACGAUGUAGACACUAAUGGUUUGCCUCCAAAGAUGGCCAUCAAAUGCUCACCGAUUACAUUUUCAUCAAGCCUUUCUGAUGAGGAACGAAUCCUCAAAAGUCUUUCAUCUCCAUAUGUUAUUUCAUGCUAUGGUAGCAGAAUAACGAUGACAAAAUCUCCAGCAAACGGAAGCGACUACAAUUUGAUUCUUGAAUACUGUUCCGGAGGAAGUAUUGCAGACUUUCUCAAGUUUAGAGGUAAGCCGAUGGUGGAGAGCGAUGUUCAGCUAUUGUCUACAAAGAUCCUCAAAGGUAUCACCUACAUACACUCAAAGAAGAUUAUACAUUGUGAUAUUAAGCCUGGCAACAUUUUACUUACGCCUCAACCAAACAGUUGUAUGCCUAAUUGUUUUGAACCAAAGAUUGCCGAUUUUGGUUUAGCAUUAAGAAAGAGUUCAGUUGAGUAUGGAGAUGGUAGUGGUCAUAAAAGAGGAACAUUAUUGUACAUGUCACCUGAAGUUUUAAGAGAAGGUUUUUUGGAUUAUGCUGCUGAUAUCUGGUCAUUUGGAUGCACUGUGUUGGAGAUGUUAACUGGGAAGAAGCCUUGGAGUGAAUUUCAGGUUCUAGACAGAAAGAAACUGGAAGAUUUCAUCGCCCACAGCAGUUUCAAACCCUCAAUACCUUCUACGUUAUCUGCAGAUGCACAAGAUUUUCUACACAAAUGUUUGGAUAUAAAUCCCUUCACAAGGUUUGACUCUACAGCUUUGUUGAACCACAAAUUUCUAUCAACAACUGUACAUGAUGUUGUUGUCAAAGAAGAGUGA